AUGCCCGUUUUCGGCGACCCGGCAAACACCCAAAUAGACGUCCAAGUCUGGGACAGUGCACUUUUACUUUUUUUCAGAGCCUUUCAGCGAGCUUCUCGCUCACCCCGUUCCUCCUUGGAUUCUUCGGCCCGCAAGGCGCGUCUAUUCCCUUCUAAUUGGAGACUAGCUUGUUGGCAGAUGUACCGGUGUCCAUCCAUACUGGCGCUGCCUAUAUCUGAUGGGAACAGACGAGCGGGCUGGAUACAUGUCAAGAAGGAGUGUGAUACGCCCUGCACCGUGGACUGUGGACAUUCGACUCCAUUGACCACCUACUUGGGCAUUGCGAGUCCUUUAGUUCAACUUCGCACCUCCAAGGACCAAGCUGCGAGGGCAAUUUGGAACCUAAGCUUGAGCGUAUGCUCUGAUUCCUAUGAUGAAAACAAGAGUGCCGACAAUGAAACCGUUUCUCAAGUGCACAUCAUUCCAACUGACAUAUCAGACCAACCAACUCCAAUCUCUCUAAAAUCCACAUUGAUCGAUUUCCCUCCUCUCUGGACCUAUGCAUCCAACCAAACAACCUACUCCGGCAUAUAG